UCCAGUGUUAUGAGUGUGUUUGAUAACUUUGGGCUGAUGUGUGACGUGGAACUUGCUCGUGAUUACAAACAAAAUUCAUAGGAUUUCAUUAUCGACUUCAUCUGGUGAAAUUCUAACUCUGAAAGCAGCCUGCUUCUUCUUCUGAAGAAGACAGUACCUAGCAAUUCGAGGAUCUUGCUGUCAAGGGCAAGGAGCAGCAGAGGAAGAUGCUGAAAGGGCUGUCGGUGUCUGACGGUGAUGGCUGUUCGUUCGCCCCACUGUUGGUGUUGGAGCUGUCUUCUGAUACUAAGGAUGAGGCCAUCUCAUGGCUGCUGACCAGAAUCAGGGACAAGCAGCAAAAUGGAGGGGCAGAAUUGCUGGUGCAGCAGCUAUGUCCGAGUGGCGAAGGGGAUGAGAAGGACAAUCCCAAUGUGUACCUGGUGGGAGCGCUGUUGUCAAGACUGCUGUCUGGGGCUGAGGAUGUGGGCCUGUUCAAAGAGUUCAACGACGGCUCCAUGAGAGGCUUCACUUGUGCUAACAAACACAACUUCACAGACUUUCAAGGUGAUGGAGACGGCUUCCUCAGCAUGGCAGAGUGCCAGUACAUUGUCAAGCAUGAGCUGGAUACCCUGAGAGCCAAGGAGGAGACCCAUGUACCAGGCUAUCCUAAGAUGAAACUCUACCCUGGAAAGUCUCUCAUCCGCAGACUGCAGUCUAAGGGAGUUCUGGUCCAGGUUUUUCCCCUCCAUGACAAGGAGGAACUGAAGAGGCUCUCGUUCACCUGGUACAGAAAGAUCAAGCUCUCCUUUCAACCACUUGAUGACAUCAGACACUAUUUCGGCGAAGGCCUGGCUCUGUACUUUGGUUUCCUGGAGUACUUCACUCUGGCUCUUCUACCGAUGGCCUUGAUCGGCAUCCCCUACUACCUGUUUGACUGGGAGGACUACGACAAGUAUGUGGUGUUUGCAGUCUUCAAUCUGGUGUGGUGCACCGUGCUACUGGAGCUGUGGAAGCGCUGCAGCGCCUCGCUGGCAUAUAGCUGGGGCACCCUGAGCAGGAAGAAAGCCUUUGAGGAGCCCCGGCCGGGCUUCCACGGCCCGCUGGGCUUCAACCCGGUGACUGGUCGCGAGGAGCCGCUGUACCCCAACACUAAGCGUCUGCUGAGGAUCUACCUGGUGUCGCUGCCUUUCGUGCUGCUCUGUCUAUAUAUAUCGCUCUACGUCAUGAUGAUCUACUUCCAGAUGGAGGGCUGGGCCCUCGGAUUCCACGACGACCACCCGGGGUUCUGGAGCGGCAUGCUACUGUUUGUCCCCAGCGUCAUCUACGCUGUGGUCAUCGAGAUCAUGAAUCUGCUGUACCGCUACGUCGCCGAGUACCUCACAGAGUGGGAAAACCACAGACUGGAAUCGUCAUAUCAAAAUCAUCUGGUCCUUAAAGUGUUGGUGUUCAACUUCUUCAACUGUUUCGCCUCGCUGUUCUACAUAGCCUUUGCGAUGCAGGACAUGGUGCUUCUCAGACAGAGUCUGGCCACUCUCCUGAUCACAUCCCAGAUCCUCAACCAGAUCAUGGAGGCCUUCCUGCCCUACUGGCUCCAGAGGAGGCGUAAUAAGAAGAUGCAGCACCGGGUGAAGAAGAGGACCUUGGUGGAGCAGGAGCUGCCCCUGGCCGAGCAGGUCAAACUGGAGGCAGACAUGAGCACCUACCUGGGGACGUUCGACGACUACUUGGAGCUCUUCCUCCUGUUUGGCUACGUCAGCCUGUUCUCCUGCGUGUACCCGCUGGCCGCAGUGCUCGUGGUGCUCAACAAUGCCACAGAAUUCUAUUCCGACGCCUUUAAGAUGUGCCAGGUGUUCAAACGGCCAUUCUCCGACCCUGCCUCAAACAUAGGAGUCUGGCAGCUUGCCUUUGAGGCGAUGAGCGUGAUCGCCGUAGUGACCAACUGCACCCUGAUCGGCAUGUCCUCGCAGGUCAAGGCUUACUUCCCCGACUCUGAUGCUCAGCUCAUACUCUGGGUGGUGGCCAUCGAGCAUUCCCUCCUCGCCCUCAAGUUCAUCCUGACAUUUGUCAUUCCUGAUGUCCCCAAGCACAUCCAGAUCAAACUUUCCAGGCUGGAGUUUGAAUCUCUGGAGGCCCUCAAGAAAAAGAAAAUGCUGGAAGCCACGGGGAUCACAAAGACAGUCCAGUGAGGAGGAGAAGAGAGGCCGCCACCACAGAUACUGACUAGGCAAGGACAUGCUGCUGUCCUGGGGGCCGCCACAACUAGUUUACACCACUGCUAACUGAAGAGGGGGUACUAAAGGGGGGCUGGUUGGUAAAUUACUGUUGUAAAAGCAUAGCUACAAACCAAAUGAUUAAGUUGGCUGUUGUAUAUCAUUUAAUGUAGGGCCUAUGAGUGUAUGGAUGGGUAUUACUGUAAUAUUAAUGGUUGCAAACUGUAUAGUUAUAUAAAUCAACUCUGUAAUGUCCUACCUAUGGAGGAAUAGCAGUUUUGGCUCCAUAUGUGAUAUGGGGGUGAACUUCUUAAGUGUUGUAUCUUUAUUUGAAUUUGGCUAAUCUCACAUUGGUAAAGUGUGGCCUAAUAGGUGUUUUCUUAUCUCACACAUUACUGUCGCUAUGUGGCCAGUCCUAGGGCCUUUAUAGGAAUAUUAGUCAGUAUUCCAACCCCAGAUAACUUGAUCAUGAUACAUUCACGACUGUUGACAUAUUUAUUCGCUUACCAAAAACUCAAAUCACUUUUAUAGUUCUCACAAACUGCUGCAGCAUGUAUGAUGAAUUGGUUUUGAAAUGGGGGGUGGAAAUUAGCCUCUGGUAUUGCACUCAUGUCAUGCACUCAUUGAGAAUCCGAUGGAAUCUUGAAACACUUUAUAUCAAAAGAGUAGCAUGUAAGAUAAGUGAUCAGCAUUAUAUGAUGAUCCAGUAUGGUAUUCAAAUUGAAGCCGCACCUAUAGUACAAGUGACAUUGGCUAUAAAAUUAUUUGCAUAGUUUGUGCAUUUUGUUUUGUAAGUUAUUUGAAAAUUUAGACCAUGUCCUCAUUAAAACAGUGCCUUUUAAUGUGAUGUGCUAUCUAUCGAUCUUUGUUUUAUAUAGGUAUAUAUGUACAAUAUGUACUCUUUAUACACACAAUAUACAGCACUGUUUGCAAUAUUACCAACUUAAUCAGCGUUAUUGAAGUACUGUAUGCCUUUGCUCAAAUAAACUAUAAAUUGUGCUGAAAAAGAAU